AGGCGCGAUAUUUGCGAUAAUCUACGCCGCCAUCAUUUUCUCGUCUCGUAAUUAUAUCUCUAGUACUGACUGAUAGUAACGUUAUGGAGUCUCUUCGCCGGCCGAAGUUGGACUUAGCUUGCAUCCACAAAUUGUGUCAACAAGUAUUAUUAAUUGAUAGUUAAUGAUGGCGAUCAUCUGUGAUAUAAAACAUCUCUGUAGAGACACUUUUGCCAGCUCCUUAUAGUUAAUGGCCGCCCAGACGGUCGGUUGGAUGCGACCAAAGCUUAGACAACCGUAGAGCAUCUGAAUAUACCUAUAUCCAAGUCUAUUUCAGCUAUGAGUAGCAACACCACCACUUCGUAUUCGAAAACCGACGUUGUCGAGGUGCAGACACAUGUAACGAACGAUGAACAAGGGAGCGAGAAGCUGUCAGGAAUUGAGAAGGAUCAUGGAAGUGAAAAGGAGUUGAUACACUCCCUUGAAUAUGCGGAAAUACCAGAAUCCCCAAAACCCGGCAAAGCGUCUGAGCAAGAAAAUCCUCAAUAUGUUACAGGAGCAAAGCUGGUCUCUAUCGUCGUUAGCAUCUGCCUGGCUGCCUUUUUGAUGCUCUUGGAUACAUCCAUAGUUAGCACGGCUAUCCCAGCUAUUUCAGAUGAGUUCCACUCUCUUCAAGAUAUUGGCUGGUACUCAGCGGCCUAUAACCUUGGAUCAGCCUCGUUCCAGCCUUUAACAGGUAAAAUUUACAACUGUUUUAGCCUCAAGUGGACAUUCAUCACUUUCUUCGCCAUCUUCGAGAUAGGCUCUGCAUUAUGCGGCGCUGCGCAAUCAUCUAUCAUGCUCAUUGUCGGCCGUGCCGUAGCUGGAGCUGGAGCAUCAGGUCUACUUAGUGGUGCUAUCAUCAUAAUAUCUUGCUGUGUACCUCUUCAUAGGCGUCCGCCAUUAAUCGGCCUAGUCCAGGGGGUUGCUCAGCUAGGUACCGUUAUUGCACCUCUCAUAGGAGGUGCCUUCACUUCCGGCUACACAUGGAGAUGGAGUUUCUACAUCAAUCUCCCAAUCGGUGCUAUAGUUGCCAUACCGAUUCUGUGCCUUCAUAUCCCUGAUCAGAUGGGUAAACGGCCGGCUUUGAAGGUUCUGUCUAAGAUCCAUCACCAUCUGGAUCUGAUAGGGUUUGCCUUGCUUGCCCCUGCAGUUAUUCAGCUCCUUCUUGCUCUCGAAUACGGCGGAAACCAGUUUGCAUGGAAUUCAUCCCAAGUUAUCGGUCUAUUCAUUGGCGCCUUUGCGACUCUAACUGUUUGGGUCUUCUGGAACAACUAUAAAGGCGACGACGGUCUCAUCCCCUUUUCCAUUUUGAAAAGAAGAGUCGUCUGGGCAAGCGCAUUAAAUAACGCCUUCCAGAUGUCGACCCUCUUCGGCACGUCGUACUGGCUCCCUAUUUAUUUCCAAGCAAUCAAAGGCGUGAGUGCCAUACUGAGUGGUGUGUAUCUCUUACCCACCAUUCUCGGCCAGUUAGUGUUCGCUGUUUUGGCUGGAGUUCUAGUAUCCAGAGUGGGCUACAUACCACCGUUCUCUAUUUACGCUGGUGUUCUUAUGUCAAUCGGUUGUGGUUUAUUUUCUUUGUUCCGACCGGAUACGUCAACUAGAAAAUGGGUUGGAUUUCAAAUCAUUGCUAGCUGUGGUCGUGGCGCUGGUUUACAAAUGCCUAUCGUUGCUGUCCAGAAUGCUGUAAGCCAAAAAGACUUGUCGCCUGCUAUGGCAUUACUCCUAUGGGCACAAUACAUCGGGCCCACGAUCUUCCUAACAUUAUACAACACACUCUUCAACGCGAGUCUCAAGUCUCUGCUACCAAAGCAAGCCCCAAAUGUCGAUGCACAGGCUGUCCUAUCUGCCGGCGCAAGACAUUUCCGAGAUGUUGUCGAUCCUCGGGACCUCUACAAUGUCUUAAUUGCAUAUUCGGACAGUUUGGAUAGAGUCUUCUACCUAGUCGCUAGUGCGGGCGUGGGGGCUUUUCUUGCUGCAUGGGGUAUGGGUUGGCGGGAUACCAGAAAGAACGUGAAGGAAAUCAACCAGAAUAAAACUGCUGAGCCUUGAAUAUCAAAUAAAACUCAAGAGCAUCCGAGAUUAGGACGAUAAUAUUAAUUGGAAGUAUUGUAACAAGAGUUGUAUGAUUUGUAGCGAUAAGUUAGUUCCAUAGUCAGCAUCGAGACCCCCUAGCCCUUUUUCAGCCCCGCGAACUGCCGCGAGAAAUUCUAAAAAUUAAGGGGAAAAUCGCAAAAAAUGCAGCUCUGGGAGAAUACAUCUCGAUCUCGAGC